CUUUUCAUGUUUUGUACUAAAAAUAGUUCUGUUUUUAGCAGUUUUUUAGGCAGUGCCCUGGCAGUCUGCUGGUAGUGUCCUUGUACUGUAGUCUCCUGUCAAUGUCCUGGUAGUUCCCUGGUUGUAGCCUGGUAGUUUCCUGUCAGUCAUCUGGUAGUGUCCUAAUAGUCCCAUGUCAGUGUCCUGGCAGUGUCCUGGUAGUGUCCUGGUAGUGUCCUGGCAGUCUUUGAUGUAGUGGCAGCAGGAGUACUCUAGCAGAGUUUGAAUUAGCAUAUGUCUGGGCCAGUGAAAGGGCUGUCCGCUGGCAGCCUCUAACAGGAUUAGGGGGUUGUAGUGAGGAGGUGCUCCUGGUCAAAACGAUGUGAAAGGGAUUUCCAUUUGUCUAGUCUGGGCCUGCUGUCCUUCUCCUAAUCCCUCCCUGUUCUCGCAGCCGACCUUCAGCAGAGCUAAUCUGCAGGAAACUGCGCAGGUCCUGAGAGGCUGAACUCUCACCGUAGACCAGCUCCUUUCUCCCUCUGAUUCACACUCUUUCUCUCUCACACACACACACAUUCUCUCACAUCACACACCCUUUUCCGUCAUACACUCUCUCAAAUCAUACUCGCUCGCUCACGCAAACUCCUUCUUAAGGCAUACACUCUCUCACACAUCACACACGCUCGCUCUCUCUCUCUCUCACACGGAGGAUUGAAUGCAACGGAAUAGGAGAUCAUACUUUGUAUUGAGUGUUGGAACCAUGAGGCUGGCAGCUCCCCACAGGGGUGGCUUCUCAUGACCAUGGUGAAUGGCCCCUUAUGUAAAAGCCAUGGAGUCAGAACAGCCCCUGGGGCCGUGCAUGGGCAGCCCUGAGAUCAAAUCUGUUCCUGAAGAGGGACAAGGGGAGGAGUCUUACACCUGCAAACAGGAAGAGCUGGACAGUCACAGUUACAGUCCUGGCAUGGACCGCAGCACUGAGAGCCUGAGCAGUGAGGAACCGUUCUGCAGGAUCUGCCACGACGGAGGGCAGGCAGGCGAGCUGCUGUCCCCGUGCGAGUGUGCGGGCAGCCUGGCCAUGGUGCACCGCGGCUGCCUGGAGCACUGGCUCAGCACCUCCAACAGCAGCCAGUGCGAGCUCUGCCGUCACCCGUUUGCACUGGAACGCCUCCCGAAACCUCUCACAGAGUGGCUGUGUACUCCGUCUAUGCAGCACCAGAGGAGGACCUUGUGUGGGGACAUGAUCUGCUUCCUGUGCAUUACUCCGUUGGCCAGCCUAUCAGGAUGGCUGUGUGUCCAGGGUGCCAUGGACCUGUACUACAACAACAGAAUGGAGGCUGUGGGUCUCCUGGUUCUUACCAUGGCUCUCUUCACCAUAUACUUCUUCUGGACCAUGGUGUCUCUACGUUAUCACAUCCAACUGUUCAGAACAUGGAAACAGACUGAUCAAAGAGUGAGGCUGCAGACCCCCAGACCGGCAUGUGUACCCACCAACCAUCGGACUCUGUCGCUUAACUUCCUCAGCAAGAAUACCAGCAAGGAGACUGUAGUGUAGCUGGAAUGCUGCAGGCCCAGUCUACAGAAAGUGAAGGACAGAAUAAAAUGGA